AUGUCUGUCCUCCAGGGCGUCCUCUACGUGGUCCUCAGCUGGACCAACCUCUGUCAGAUCCUGUGGGUGGUCGUUACUGGGCUGGUUACCGUGGUGGCGGCGUGGACGGCGAGGCUGCUGGUGCGUCACGCCUGGUAUGUGCACAGACUGUCGUGCUUCAGCAGGCCCCGUGCACACUCUUGGCUGAUAGGUCACCUGGGCCAGAUGCAGAGCACAGAGGAAGGUCUCCUCCAGGUGGACGACCUGGUGCAGACAUACAAACACUCCUGCAGCUGGUUCCUCGGUCCUUUCUAUCACCUGGUCAGAGUUUUCCACCCCGACUACGUCAAACCUUUACUGAUGGCACCUGCGAGCAUCACAAUGAAAGAUGAGCUUAUCUAUGGGCAUCUGCGUCCAUGGCUUGGCCAGAGUUUGCUGACAACCAACGGGGACGAGUGGCUGCGCAGGAGGAAGCUGCUGACCCCGGCAUUUCAUUUUGACAUCCUGAAGAACUACGUUAGCACAUUUAACGCCUCUGCUAACACCAUGCAUGAUAAAUGGUGCCGCCUUGUGGCAGAGGGCAGGACCAACGUAGAGAUCUUUGACCAUGUCACCCUGAUGACACUGGACAGUUUACUGAAAUGUGCCUUCAGCUACGACAGCAACUGUCAGGAGUCAAACAGCGAGUAUGUGUCAGCGAUAGUUAAGCUCAGUGACCUCGUCAUCGAUCGUCGCUUCAAAAUGUUGCAUCACUGGGACUGGAUUUACUGGAAAACUCAGCAGGGGAAACAAUUCAAGAAAGCCUUAAGUGUUGUGCACAGGUUCACCAGUGAAGUGGUUCAGAGGCGUCGUGCCCUCAUUAGCCAGCAGAGGGAGACGGACACAGAAUUCACCACUUCACCUCAAAGAAAGAGAGACUUUGUGGACCUGAUAUUGCUGUCAAAGGAUGAAGAUGGACAAGGCCUUACAGAUGAGGAGAUACAGGCUGAGGCCAACACCUUCAUGUUUGCAGGUCACGACUCAACAGCCAGUGCAAUCUGCUGGACGCUGUAUAAUUUAGCACGACACGCUCAUCAUCAGGACAAAUGCAGACAGGAAGUGAUGGAUUUGAUGCAAGGACGGGACAGAGAGGAAAUAGAGUGGGAGGAUCUGUCAAACCUCACGUUCACCACCAUGUGCAUCAGAGAAAGCCUCAGACUCCACUCACCUGUGCAGGCUGUGACAAGGAAAUACAGCCGGGACAUGAUGCUGCCUGGGGAUCGAACAGUACCUGAGGGUGCCAUUUGUUUGGUCAGUAUUUAUGGAACACACCAUAACCCCACUGUCUGGACUGACCCACAUGAGUACAAUCCUCUGCAUUUUGACCCGGCCACCACAACAAGCAGAGCCUCUCAUGCCUUCAUCCCCUUCUCGUCAGGCCCCAGGAACUGCAUUGGUCAGAAAUUUGCACUGGCAGAGCUGCGAGUGGUCGUGGCACUGACCCUGCUCAGGUUUCGUCUUACCCUGGGGCUGAACCCCAGCGGUGGUGGUGUCCGUCGUCUUCCCCAGCUGGUCCUGCGCGCCGAGGGAGGGCUGUGGCUGCAGCUGGAGCCUCUGACUGCGCAUGACAUGGAGAAAUGAACCAAGAAAUAAUAAGUACACAUAAGCUCUGGCCUCACACUGCAUGAUUCUCAGUCAAUUUGGAAGCAAAGCAAACAUUUACUGUUUCAUUAAAGGAAAAUUACUGGCAAAACUUCCUAUAAAAUAACUUCCUAUAACCUCCUAAAAAUGUAUUCAAAACUGUUCAAAAAGCUCUGUAAUUACUGCUUUUAACAAAGCAAUAUUUUCUAUAUGCACAUUUGUUAAGAUGCGACAAGUUAGUGUCUAUCUGCUAUAAUAUAAUAACAUUUACAGGCAGAGUUUAAGGAACACAAAGCAUAAUAGUACAGUAGCAUGUUAAUAAUGCAUAAAAUCACCAUAUAAAGAGAUGAAUGGCUGAAAAAAAAAUUUUUUUAAGUGUAUACUUGUAAUGUUGGCAUUUUAUCCUGUAUAUUUGCAUUAAGUUACAGAUGAUUGUUGUCUUUUUUUGUGUGAUUGUUGUUUUAUUCUACAGAAAACUGUGGAAUUUGAAUUGUUUCCUGCAAAAUGCUGCCUCUUUCUUUUUGUUUUUGGCCAGUCCUAGUUCAUAUUGUCAUGGAACGUAUAUUGUAACCUAUAAUUUCUUUUCUUUUCUGUUUUUUUUAAUAAAUAGCCUCAAAUAAGUCC